AACCCUAAAGCAUGCUUCACAAAUUACUUACAGAGAUACACAUUUUGAUCUGGAUUCUGGUUUUUAGUUUCAAUUCUCUUCCAUGGAUUAACAAAUUGCAGCAUAUAAAAAAUAAAAAAUAAAAAAUAAAAAAUCCUCCCCUUAAUUUUAUCAGUCUUUGUUUUAGCUUCAGUGUUAUAAGUUUUCAGAAGUUACUUGGAAAAUUCAAUAAUGGCAAUGCCUCUUUUUAGAAUUUGAGUGCAAAACAGAAACCUGCUAGAUCAAGGAAUCAGGAAGCUGGUCCGUCCUUAUAAAAACACAAACUGUUUCUUACUUUCUCAUUAUCAAUCUCUCCUUAUCUCUCUCUACACAGCUCUGCCAUGGAGGAAAAAGCUGCAUCAGGAUCACCAAAGGCAACUGUACCUUGGCUUGUGCUUCCAUUUGGUGAAGAAGAUACAAGGUGGGAUCAUGUCUUCUUAUUUUGCCAUCCUGGAGACAAAAACUGGAGGACCCAAUUGUAUUCUCAAGAUACUAUGUUCGAAGCUGAGUCUCUCCAUUGCUUUAAAGGUAAGUUGUAUGUUAUUGGUUUUAAUGAGCAACAACUAGAGAUUGAACAACAGCAGCAGCUUGGCAUUGAUGAUGACAAUGUGACGCUUUCCGUCAAGCCAUUCAAUGUAAGCUUGUGCGCUUCGUUUUCAUUUCAAGGAGCAAGGGACACUUCUUGGGGUCUAACAUAUUGUGUGGAAUGCUCUGACGAACUCUUUAAGAUCAUCAUGUUUAUUAAUGAAAGGGGAUUUGAGAAGGUAGUAAUCUCAAUAUGUAUUACCAGGUUGGAUUUUUCUUCGAUGGAGUGGAAAGUGGUAAAUAAUCUUGGUGAUCAUGUUCUGUUUAUUGGGCAACACACCAGAGUUUGUUGCUCAGCUGUUGAGUUGGGACUUUCCAGGGGCUGUUUGUAUUACACUCUUCCUGAAGAUCAGAGGUUGUACAAAUUUGAAGUAGAAAGCGCGGGUGACUCUGUUAUUUUGCCGUGCCAGAUUGGAUUAUGUUGCCUGCUGGACUUGGAAGAAAGGAAGUUGGGUUGGGUGCUGAUGAAAAAGACCAAGAUUACAUUUUAAAGACCUGGCGAAGGAAAACAGAUAUAAAUUAUUUUAAUGAGGAGGAUGAGAAUGAGACUCAGUCCGAAAAUUGGAAGAAAGAAAACCUUGGGGUAUUCUGAAUGAGGACAUGGUGGAGUUGAUUGCAGAUUAUCUCCAUCCACUUGAUUAUGUGCAUUUUCGUUCAGUCUGCAAAGCAAAUCGAGAGAUAAUGCCUGUGGUAAAGCCUACUUUCACUUCUGCAACUCAAAUCAUAGAAACGACAUGUUUAUCUCCGUGGCUAGUGUUCUCUAGAGAUGACAACUUCACCGUCUACAAUUUUGUAAACCCAGUACAUAAUGAGAACUACCUCAUGAAAUUCCCGGAAUUGCUACUUGGAGCUACAAUUCGUUAUCAAAAGGGCGGUUGGCUACUACUGUCGAGAGAGGAAGAAUUAUCUUUCUACAAUCCCUUCACAAGAGAGACCAUGGAUCUUCCAGAUUUUCCUGGGCGUUAUCACAUGUCAGACAUCUCUUUAUCCUCUUUACCUACUUCUUCAGACUGUAUAAUAUUUGCUAUUGAGCGCAGUCAUUAUGGAAUCUCUAUCUUCUGCAUUAGAAGGGGAAAACAAGAAUGCGAUGAAUUUGAGUUUGAUAAUGCUUGUACAGAAAAAUUCCCGGCAAUACUUAAUACUCCAGUUUUGUUUAACGGGGUCUUCUAUUCCGUAGGUUAUGACGGAACUGUAGGACAAUUUAAUUUAGGGGAUGGUACCUGGAAACCUCUUGAGAAACCCGGUAAACAAUUUAAUGACUCGUACCCAAGUUACCUGGUGGAGUUCGGAGAAGAUCUGUUGUUAGUGAAACUAGGAUAUCUAGAAAUGCCGGUUAGAAUCUUUAGAUUGGAUUUCUCUGACAUGGAAUGGGUUAAAUUUGAAAGUCUGGGAAGGUAUAUGUUGUUCGUCAGCGACAUCACUUGUUUCUCAGCAGUUGCUCCAGUUAGUCGGAUGGAGAACAAAGUAUAUUUCCCUAGAUUAUGUAUGAAUGGUGAAGGGGUUUUAUUCUAUUCACUUAAAACAGGUAGUUAUCAGUCUUUCGGGACACAGCAUUUUGCUAAGAACUUUUGUGGCACAGAGGGCUGGCUUGGAAACUGCACUUGGAUUUGAACCCAAUUGGGCAAAGUCCACUCCUCAAGAGCUUGACUGGUUCAACCCUUUGUCUGUAACAUGAAGUUAAAUUUCUUUUAAAAUCUUCACUGUUAUCCUUUACACCUUCAGUUUCUUUUAAAAUAGAGACACUGUUGGUGAUCUAUAUCAUGUAACAUGUUCAUGGCUGAAUAGCUGUUAAUUUAUGUAAUCUUGACGAUAAUCCCUGCUAAUGUUUAACAUUUGAACUGCUAUCUUUGUAAAAA